UUAGCAGGGAAGAGAAGGAAAUCCUCCUCUCAGCAAGCUGGAAGCAAUCAAGUUCCAAAUAAGGGAAUCAGCUCCAAAUGGGGCUAUACCCUCCAUUCCCAGGAAGCGUGGGCUGGGUGUGUUAAAAGCAGAGCUUUCUCUUCCUGACAGCUUCUUACGGUACUACGCUUUUGCUCGCUUAACAAACGGUCCUCAUACAGCACAUGCACUGCCCAGCAGCAGAAAAGUAUCUUGCAAGUGUAGUCGCAGAGAGGAAAAGUUCAACGAAGACUGAAGCCAGCUCUGAUUCGGUUAUUUACCAUCAAUCAGAGUGUUGCUUGGCAGGGAGUGGACGAUUAGGAGCCUGAACGAGCUGAAAAGGGGCAGGAAGAGAAGUGGAGGCAGCAUUCUUCCUAUUUAAAGCUGCAUCCCCUGAACGGAGUGUUUGCAGACUGCACUGGAGCUGGUGCUGAAGAAAGAAGCUCGCAGACUUUGUCCUGGAACUGAUGCUGAGAGGCAGAAAGACUCCCCAGCUGGCUUCAUGGUGCUAAAAUAACCUUCUGUUUCUGCACCUUUUUGCUUUUGGUGCUGCCCAGAAGGAUACAUGCCUGAUACCCAGGCAUGAUGGCAGUCUGGGUACAGCCGAGAACUUUUUUCAUGCUUGCAGCUUUAUUAGGGCGAUUUGCGACCAUAAAAGCACAAGGCGAGGAGGAAUAUGAUGGUGGAGAAGACGUUGAAGAAAUAGCCUGCACUCAGAAUGGCCAGAUGUACCUGAACAGGGAUAUUUGGAAGCCCUCACCGUGCCAGAUUUGUGUCUGUGACAAUGGAGCUAUUCUUUGCGAUGAAAUCCAGUGUCAAGACAUGCUGGAGUGUGAGAACCCACAGGUGCCCCCGGGAGAGUGCUGUCCUGUGUGUCCCCAUACAACACGUGAUUUUGACACCACCAUCGGUAGAGGAAGAAAGGGACAAAAAGGAGAACCUGGAAUAGUGCCACCUGUUUCAGGAAUACGAGGCCGCCCAGGACCAGCUGGACCUCCAGGCUCACAAGGACCACGAGGAGAACGAGGCCCAAAAGGAAGACCUGGUCCCCGUGGUCCUCAAGGUAUUGAUGGUGAACCUGGUAUCCCUGGUCAACCUGGUGACCCUGGUCCUCCAGGACAUCCUACCCACACAGGACCAGAUGGACUGAGCAGGCCCUUUGCAGCUCAGAUGGCAGGACUGGAUGAGAAAUCUGGCCUUGGCAGUCAGAUGGGACUGAUGCCUGGUGCAGUGGGUCCAGUGGGUCCAAGAGGUCCUCAAGGUCUCCAAGGCAAGCAGGGUGGUGCUGGCCCUACAGGCCCUCCUGGUGAACCUGGGGACCCAGGACCUAUGGGUCCAGUCGGAUCUCGUGGACCAGAGGGACCUCCAGGCAAACCUGGUGAAGAUGGUGAACCUGGUAGACCAGGACAAUCCGGUGAGCCUGGAUUUCCAGGAUCUCCAGGGCCUCGAGGCUUUCCUGGUGCUCCUGGUCUCCCAGGUCUCAAGGGACACAGGGGAUUGAAAGGACUUGAUGGUCCAAAAGGUGAAAUUGGAGCAGCUGGAGCAAAGGGAGAAUCCGGACCAACAGGUGCCAUGGGUCCAACGGGUCCUCUAGGACCGAGAGGAAUGCCAGGAGAAAGAGGCCGAAUUGGGCCACAGGGUGCCCCUGGUGGACGUGGCCAACAUGGUAUGCCUGGGAAGCCAGGACCAAUGGGCCCACUUGGCAUAACUGGUUCUCCAGGUUUUCCAGGUGUUCCUGGUGUAAAGGGUGAAGCAGGUCCAACAGGUCCUCGUGGUCCUGAAGGUCCUCAAGGACAAAGAGGUGAAACAGGUCCACAGGGCCCAGCUGGAUCACAAGGUCUUCCUGGUGCUGAAGGAACAGAUGGCUCCCCAGGUGCUAAGGGCCCUACGGGAUCUCCAGGCACUGGAGGCCCCCCUGGUUUAUUAGGUCCACCCGGUUCACCAGGACCACAAGGCAGCACUGGCCCACCCGGUAUUCGAGGCCAGCCGGGAGACCCCGGUGUCCCAGGCUUUAAGGGAGAAGCAGGGCCCAAAGGUGAACCUGGCCCACAAGGUCCCCAGGGUCCUAUUGGACCUAUAGGUGAAGAAGGGAAAAGAGGACCUCGAGGUGAUCCUGGGUCAGUAGGUCCACCAGGUCCUGUUGGAGAGAGGGGUGCUCCUGGUAACCGUGGUUUUCCAGGUUCUGAUGGUUUGCCUGGACCAAAGGGUGCCCAAGGAGAGCGUGGUCCAGCGGGUUCUUCUGGUCCUAAAGGUGGUCAGGGAGAUCCUGGGCGUCCUGGUGAACCUGGUCUACCGGGUGCAAGGGGUUUGACAGGAAAUCCAGGUGUUCAAGGCCCUGAAGGAAAACUUGGCCCCUUGGGCUCUCCUGGAGAGGAUGGACGCCCUGGUCCAGCAGGUUCAAUAGGAAUCAGAGGUCAGCCAGGCAGCAUGGGCCUUCCUGGGCCAAAGGGUAGCAGUGGUGAUCCUGGAAAAGCUGGAGAAGCAGGCAACGCAGGUGUCCCAGGACAGAGAGGAGCCCCUGGUAAAGAUGGUGAAGUCGGUCCUUCUGGUCCUGUCGGCCCACCAGGUUUAGCAGGAGAAAGAGGAGAACAAGGCCCUCCAGGUCCUACAGGAUUUCAGGGCUUGCCUGGGCCACCAGGUCCCCCAGGUGAGGGAGGAAAGCCAGGUGAUCAGGGUGUGCCAGGAGAUCCUGGAGCUGUUGGUCCAUUGGGCCCCAGGGGAGAACGUGGCAAUCCUGGGGAAAGGGGAGAACCAGGUGCAGCAGGAAUCCAGGGUGAAAAGGGUAUGGCUGGAGGUCAUGGUCCUGAUGGUCCUAAGGGAAGCCCAGGCCCUAGUGGGACUCCUGGUGAUCCAGGCCCACCAGGUCUUCAGGGUAUGCCUGGAGAAAGAGGGAUUGCUGGAACACCUGGUCCAAAGGGCGAUAGAGGCGGUGUAGGCGAGAAAGGCGCUGAAGGCACAGCUGGUAACGAUGGGGCACGAGGUCUCCCUGGUCCAAUAGGCCCAAUGGGUCCUGCAGGUCCUACAGGUGAAAAGGGUGAACCAGGUCCACGAGGUCUAGUUGGUCCUCCUGGCUCCCGUGGAAACCCUGGUUCCCGAGGAGAAAAUGGUCCAACUGGUGCUGUCGGUUUUGCUGGUCCUCCGGGCCCUGAUGGUCAGCCAGGUGUGAAAGGUGAACCAGGAGAACCUGGCCAGAAAGGAGAUGCUGGAUCUCCAGGACCACAGGGUCUUGCUGGGUCUCAUGGUCCACCAGGCCCUUCAGGUGUUCCUGGUCUGAAAGGUGGUAGAGGAACUCAGGGUCCACCUGGUGCUACUGGCUUCCCAGGAUCUGCUGGAAGAGUUGGGCCUCCAGGACCUACUGGAGCUGUGGGGCCUGCUGGGCCUAUCGGUGAGCCAGGAAAAGAAGGUCCCCCAGGUCUCCGUGGUGAUCCUGGUUCUCAUGGCCGUGUGGGAGAUCGAGGGCCAGCUGGACCUCCUGGCGGUCCUGGAGACAAGGGUGACGCCGGGGACGAUGGGCAGCCGGGCCCGGAUGGCCCCCCUGGUCCAGCAGGAACUACUGGCCAAAGAGGUAUUGUUGGUAUGCCAGGACAGCGAGGGGAAAGAGGCAUGCCAGGGCUGCCGGGGCCUGCAGGGACACCAGGGAAACAAGGGCCCACAGGGCCACCUGGUGAUAAAGGUCCCCCAGGUCCUAUUGGCCAGUCAGGCGCCACUGGACCUGUAGGGGAAGCCGGCCCAGAAGGACCUGCUGGUAAUGAUGGCACUCCUGGAAGAGAUGGGGCUGUUGGAGAACGUGGUGAUCGUGGGGAACCUGGCCCUGCAGGCUUACCAGGUUCCCCAGGGGGGCCAGGAACUCCAGGUCCUGUUGGCCCUCCAGGAGAUGCAGGUCAAAGAGGUGAAACUGGCUCUCGAGGUCCCAUGGGUCCCCCAGGUCGUGCAGGAAAAAGAGGUUUGCCUGGUCCCCAAGGACCUCGUGGUGACAAAGGUGACCAUGGCGAUCGAGGUGACAGGGGUCAGAAAGGACACCGGGGUUUCACUGGGCUUCAAGGUCUUCCUGGUCCUCCUGGUCCUAUUGGUGAACAGGGCAGUCCAGGUAUUCCAGGCCCAUUUGGUCCUCGGGGUCCUCCAGGUCCAGUUGGUCCUUCUGGCAAAGAUGGAAGUCCUGGUCCACUUGGGCCAGUUGGGCCUCCUGGUGUUAGAGGGACUGUAGGAGAAGCUGGACCUGAGGGUCCACCAGGUGAUCCUGGCCCUCCUGGUCCUCCAGGCCCUCCAGGCCAUCUCACUGCUGCCAUUGGUGACAUCAUGGGGCACUAUGAUGAUGCAAUGGCAGAUCCACUGCCAGAGUUUACUGAAGAUGAGGCAGCCCCAGAUGACCAUAACAAAACAGACCCAGGGGUCCACGCCACACUGAAGUCACUGAGCAGCCAGAUUGAGACCAUGCGCAGCCCAGAUGGCUCCAAGAAACACCCAGCACGGACUUGUGAUGACCUGAAGCUGUGCCACCCGUCCAAGAAGAGUGGUGAAUAUUGGAUUGAUCCUAACCAGGGAUGUGUUGAAGAUGCUAUAAAAGUCUAUUGCAACAUGGAAACUGGAGAGACCUGUAUUUCUGCAAACCCAUCUACUAUACCACGUAAAACAUGGUGGGCCAGCAGGUCAGCUGACAUAAAGCCCAUUUGGUAUGGUGCUGAUAUGAACAGGGGAUCACAGUUUGUGUACGGGGAUACCGCUGUCACUCAGAUGACAUUCCUGCGCCUGCUGUCGAAGGAAGCUUCCCAGAACAUCACUUACCUGUGUAAAAACAGUGUUGGGUACAUGGAUGACCAGACGAAGAACCUGAAAAAAGCUGUGGUGCUGAAGGGGGCCAAUGACCUGGAGAUCAAAGCCGAGGGCAACAGCCGGUUCAGAUACACUGUCCUUCAUGACAGCUGCUCUAAACACAACGGGAACGUGGGCAAGACUGUGUUUGAGUACAGAACCCAGAACGUGGCGCGCUUACCCAUCAUAGACAUUGCUCCGGUGGACAUUGGCGGUACCGAGCAGGAGUUUGGAAUCGAAAUUGGGCCAGUUUGCUUUGUGUGAGAGGAAGGGGGGAAAUGAACACACCACCCAACAGCAGCAGCAGCAGCAAUUCAACACGUGAACUUAGACUGAUAGAAGUUAAUCCUGAGACUCUUGAAGUAAUGGCUGACGUUGGGUCAGCGCUGUACAUAAGGGUUCUUUACAAUCGCCCGGCCUCCUUUGGAGUAUUUAUUUUACUUUGCAAACCUUCUGUUGAAAAAUGAUCAAACCCAACUUUUUUUUUCUUUAAAGUCCAGCAGUACAGUCUAAAGAGGAUCCCUGACCACCUUUUAAAAGCAGUCUGAAUCUUUUGCCUCGCUUCUCUUUCAAAGUCCUUUGAAAUUGGCAGGUAUCCAAGCUCAGUAGUUUUAAUGUGGGACUGGUCCUUUUGCUGGGAUGAAUACCCAAUUGCCAAUUAAAAACAAAAUGAGCACUUUUGUGAACCUUUGGCUACAUUUCAGUCACAUCUCCUCCUGCUAUCCCAGUUUGUCAUAGAAUCAUAGAAUGGUCUAGGUUGGAAGUGACCUCAAAGAUCAUUUAGAUCCUGUAGUUAGCCAUUCACAGAAAUCUGGAUCUUUUUGCAGAGGAAAGUCUCUUCAGAUAAGAUCACCUGAAUUUGGUGUAGUUUUCCCUGCACUUUCCUAUCUAUCAGUCUGCUUGUGAAAGCAUUCCAUCGCCAUGAUUAACUGAUGGAGGGAAAAUGCUACUGGGGUAAAUAGGAGUUUUUGGUAGGGGCAUCCCUCAUCUUAAAAUUUAAAGGAAUAUUUAGGUUGGAAGAGCCCUUCAGGAUCACCAAGUCAAAUAGAUAUCCCUACUCUACAAAGUUCACCCUAAAUCAUAUCCCCAAGCACCACAUCCACAUGGCCUUUAAACAGAUCCAGGGUUGAUGACUCCACCACCUCCUUGGACAGCCCAUUCCAAUGCCUGAUCACUCUUGCUGGGAAAAAAACAUUCCUAAUAUCUAGUCUAAACCUACCUUGGUGCAGCUUGGGGCCAUUCCCUCUUGUUCAAUUGCUCCUUACCUGUGAGAAGAGACCAGCAGCAGCCUCUCCACAAGAUCCUUUCCAGUAGCUGCAGCCAGCCAUGAAGUCUCCCCUCACUUCACUUCUCAUGGCAUCGUUUGUGUCAUUCCAUGAAAUUAAUCUCCUGAGUCCAUCUUAAACCCAAUACUUGUUGAUUUUCUGAUGCCUGCCCAUCUAAGAAGCCAUUACAGAGCAAAUUCCACAGAUGUCUUGUGCGUGGUGGCAGUUUCUGUACCUUGUUCACAUGUAUCCCUGACCCAUUGUUAAUAAAGGAGAGUUUAGAAACCUUUUUUUUUUUUCCUUUUGGCAUGCAUCACCAGGAAUUUGAUUUCCUGACCUUGAGUCGUCAAGGCCAGACAGUUCCAUCAUUUCUUAGCAUGAGCUACCUCAUCUCUGGAAGUUGGGAUGCAUUUAAAUAUACCUGUUUGGGUUUUUUUUUUCCUUAUUUUAUUUUAGAUAUUACAAGGUGCUAUGCUUCUGUUGUGUUCCUUGGAGAAAGGAGAUAGGCUCAGCAAAAACCACCACACGAAGAAAAAAAAGAAAUAAAAAAGAAGAAAAAGAAAAAAAAUAUGAUGGUGCUAAAUGAGUCUGUAGAAGGCUGAUAAAAUAGACUCCUGCUGUCAGUGUCAUGUUCAGAGCUUAGCUGUUAGGCUUUUGGUGUUGGAGAGACCAAUGUUACAGUGCAUUUAUUUGUUGGUCAUACAAUAUAUAGGAUGUUUUGUGCCACUGAUGUGCUUUAUUUUGUAAAGUAUGUGGCUACAAACUUAGUUUAUUUCUUUUUCUUUUGGUUUAUUUUUUGUUUUGUUUCUUUAUUGCAUCUGUUGGGGUUUUUUUUUUCUAUUUGUUUGUUCAUUCCUUUAAAAAAAAAAAAAAGACAAUAAACAGCUGGGGCCAUCCCUAAAGAAAGUCAUGCACAUAGCUUUAUUCAUGUAUCUUUGCAAAGCAUUUAAUUAAAUACAUGCUUCUUGCUAUGGAA